AACCCCCGUAGACCCUAGCAAGAACCCUAAUGUGCGGUUGCGGUACAAGCUUCUUCUACAAAACCCUCCCAAAACCCUCUCUUCCUGGCUUGUGUGAAACGUGAUUCUUGAAAUCGCUUUAGCUUAGUAUAGUUAGCACCAUAAACUCGACCACGCUUCCUGGUGUGAAAUUCGAAUUAGGAAAAAGAAGGUUGUGAAAAAUGCCUCUGGGAGAAAGGCUUGGGGAUAAGAGCGAAUCUCGGUACUGUGGUGUAGAGGCAGAGUUCAACGAUGACAUGCCACACGUCCUCGCUUUUAAUCUCUCCUCUGGCGGCUUCGAUUUCGUUAUUGCUCCUCUGAUGGAUCCUGCUUAUCGGCCAAGCUUAGUGAAAAAGGAUAGUUUGGGAUCUGGUCCUCUGCCAUUUGCUGGGUCAGACUUGGUCUUGAGUCCAUCCCAAUGGAGUAGUCACGUAGUAGGAAAAAUUAGCUCAUGGAUAGAUUUGGAUUCGGAAGAUGAAACCAUUAGGAUAGAUUCUGAAACCACUCUUAAACAAGAAAUAGCCUGGGCCUCUCAUCUAUCUUUACAGGCUUGCCUGCUUCCUGCUCCCAAGGGAACUUCUUGUGCUAAUUAUGCUAGGUGUGUGAAUCAAAUCUUACAGAGCCUAAGUAAUAUGCAGUUGUGGCUUAGGAUUCCACUGGUGAAGCCUGAUGAUGAUGACUCUACAGAUACAAACUCUGUUACUUUGGUUGACUCCUGGGAAACAUGGAAUUCAUUUCGUCUGCUAUGUGAGCAUCAUAGUCAGCUGUCAAUUGCACUUGAUAUUCUGAGUACUCUGCCUUCAGCAAAUUCCCUUAGACGUUGGUUUGGGGAGCCUGUUAGAGCAGCUAUAAUAAAUACUGAUUCCUUUUUAACUAAUGCUCGUGGUUAUCCGUGCCUCUCCAAGCGCCACCAGAAGCUAAUUACUAGUUUUUUUAACCAUUCUAUGCAGAUCAUUAUAUCUGGAAAAUCAGUUCAUCCAAAAGCAUGUGUGGAUGCAGAUGCUUUUAAUAAUCAUUCUAUUUCGGAUUCACACAGACAUCCCUUGCGGUCAUAUCUGGACUAUGUUGGAUAUCUAUACCAAAGAAUGGAUCCUCUUCCCGAGCAAGAACGUUUUGAGCUUGGUUACAGGGAUUUUUUACAGUCUCCCUUGCAACCUCUGAUGGAUAAUCUAGAGGCUCAGACUUAUGAGACUUUUGAGAAAGAUGCAGUGAAAUACAUUCAGUACCAGAGAGCAGUUAGUAAAGCAUUGCUGGACAGGGUUCCUGACGAAGAGGCAUCUGUUACAACCACUGUACUGAUGGUUGUUGGAGCAGGUCGUGGGCCUCUUGUGCGGGCAUCAUUAGAGGCUGCUGAAGAAACUGGUCGGAAGCUAAAAGUUUAUGCUGUCGAAAAGAAUCCAAAUGCAGUUGUUACUCUUCAUGCAUUAAUUAAGUUAGAGGGAUGGGAGGAUACUGUUACCGUAGUUUCAUGUGAUAUGCGUUACUGGGUUGCCCCUGAAAAAGCUGACAUAUUGGUUAGUGAGUUGCUAGGUUCUUUUGGUGACAAUGAACUGUCUCCUGAGUGCCUUGAUGGAGCCCAGAGGUUUCUAAAACAAGAUGGAAUUUCAAUACCAUCUUCGUACACAAGUUUCCUACAACCAAUGACAGCUUCAAAGUUAUAUAAUGAUGUUAAGGCACAUAAAGACCUUGCACACUUCGAAACUGCUUAUGUUGUGAAAAUACACAAUGCAGCCCGCCUUGCACCAUGUCAACCAGUUUUUACGUUUUCUCAUCCAAAAAACUCUGAUGAAGAAAGGAAUCAGCGGUAUAAAAAGUUGCAUUUUGCAAUACCUAAUGACACUGGGUCAGCAAUGGUACAUGGAUUUGCUGGCUACUUUGAUGCAACUCUUUACAAGGAUGUGCAUCUUGGAAUUGAACCUUCGACAGCCACACCAAACAUGUUCAGUUGGUUUGCAAUAUUUUUCCCACUAAGGACGCCUAUUUGUGUGGAUCCUGGUUCUAAACUUGAAGUGCAUUUCUGGCGCUGUUGUGGUCCUUCAAAGGUUUGGUAUGAGUGGUGCGUUGCAUCUCCCUCUUCGUCUCCUAUUCACAACAGUAAUGGGCGCUCGUACUGGGUUGGGCUUUAGUGCCAUGUAUUUUCUGGAAUAUUUGUCAGAGUACUGAGUUUAUAAUGCUGCAACCCAGAGUGAGUGUAAAGCAAAUGUACUUGAACCCAGAGUGAGUUUUAAGGACAGCUUAAUACAAACUUUUUUGGUGCUAUCCUCUUGGUGGAUCUUUUCAUUUCAAUUCAUUAUAGGAAAUCAUGUUGUACAAUAAGAUAAUUGCCAUUAUUCUCUGAAAUGCAUCCAUUUGAUGUAAU